AUGGCUUCAACAAUGUGUAAUAUCUUCUUCUUCUCUCUUUCCUGUCCAAAACUUACCUCUCACAAUCACAAACCCAUCGUUUCCCUUCCAUACUCCAACUCCUUCAACCCAAUUUCCAGCCCGAAAGUUGCACGUGCGUCGGCGGUGCCACCAAAGCGAGCAUAUCGGGUUUUGGCUUGUGAUUCUACAAUGGACCCGCAUGAAAAUAUGAAAAAUUCGAACUCGGAUGCAACUAUUGACAUAAAACUGCCAAGAAGAAGUUUGUUAGUUCAGUUCACUUGUGGCGAAUGUGGUGAAAGAACAGAAAGACUCAUAAACCGCUUGGCAUAUGAACGGGGACUUGUUUAUGUACAGGCUAGUAUAAUACUGGUUCCUGUUAUGGUGCUUAGUGUGUUUGGCAUGCCAUUAUUUCAUCCCAUAGUUGUUUUAUUCUUUAACAUGACUGUUAGCAACACCUGA